AUGAUCCCCGAUCGUCGAAAUCAUGCUUCUCCAGCUCUGCUGCUGCUGUGCCUCUUGUCCGUGCACUUUGCAUGCGACCAGGCUACAGCGUGGGUCACCAACGCCCCAACCUUGCGCCAGCGGCGACCUCUCCAGCAGUCAACACUCAGAACCACGUCGCUCGCAGCCGGGCGCAAACGCACAACCAUAACGGCCGUAGCAGCACUCCGUUCUAAUUCGGCCCCUACAGCUGCGUCGGAAGCCGGUGCGGAUUCUCGGCCAUCGUCGACGGCAAUCGUGGGUGGCGGGCCGACGGGGCUUGCGGUGGCUCUGAUGCUAGCUCGGAGAGGGUAUCGGGAUAUCAGCGUUAUGGAGCGCCUGAACCAGCCACCGCCGCCAUCGUCUCCGAAAUGGGACAACGCGGAAAGGUCGUACAAUCUAGGCAUAGGCGGGAGGGGACAGGUGGCGUUGUCGAAGCUUGGGGCGGCCGAUAGGGUGCUGGAUUGGUGCGCGGAAGCUGUGGGCCGCAAGGACUGGAACCCGCAAACCCCGGACGGUGCUGAGAGGAUAUUUUCUGAGCGCAAAUACAAAACGAAGGUUAUCGCGAGGGACAGGCUCGCGAGCUGCCUCCUCGAAGAGAUACGAGAAAAGCAUUCGGACGCCGUCACAGUCCGCUUCGACGUCGAGUGCACCGGCGUCAAGUGGCUCGAACCCGGGGGUAAGGGCUCGGGAGCAACGCUGUCCCUCAGAGACACCUCCGGCGGGGAGACGUCCGAGUUGACGGCGGACUUCAUCGUCGCGGCGGACGGCGUGAAGUCGACGAUAAGGGACGCCUUGGAGGGGAACAAGGCCCUCACGCGAGCGCUGUCGGGCGGUGAUGUGCGGGUCAAGAGGUUCCCGCGGGCUAACGAGUUCGCCUACAAGAUCGUGCCGUUCAAGCUCGAUGCCGGCUGGAGAAACGACUUCAACUACUCGCACAGGACAAAGGGAGGAAUUACGUUGGAGGCGCUGCCCACGAAAGAGGGAGGACAGGUCGGCGUGCUGCUCUUCAGGCCCGACGACGAGCGGAUUCUGGGGCUGAAGGACGCGGCGGAUGGCCGCGCUCUAUUCGAGGAGCUGUUCCCGCAGUUCGCUGGCAUGGUCAAGGACGAGGCCUACGAAAGGCUCGCUCUGCAGGAGGUGUCGCGUCUGCCGGCCUUUUCCUACACGGGACCGGUCUUGCAUCUCGGCAAGAGCGCCGUCCUCCUCGGCGACGCGAUCAAGUCCGUCAAGCCGUACUUUGGCCUGGGGGUCAACACUGCCUUCGAAGACUGCAUUGCACUCGACAGAUGCCUCGAAGAGACCGGAGACGACCUCGCGGCGGCCCUGCCGCUCUACUCCCGCCGCCGCGCGCCGGAGGCGAAAGACCUCGUGGAGCUCUCCCGAGGCUUCGACCGCACGGGAGUCGCCGGGUUCUUCGGGUUCAUCCUCCCGCUUAUCUUGGACUCGGUGUUCCACAACGCUCUGCCCAGGAUCUUCGCGCCGAACACCAUCGCUUACCUGCAGAAGGAAGGGAUCACCUUCAGAGGCAUCCGCCGGAGAAAAGGGCUGGACAGGGUCAUGCAGGGGGUGGUCUUGGUGGGGGCGGGCUUCACAGCCAUGUCGGCGGUGCGGGUGGGCGCCGGGGCUCUGGGACCCCUCGUGGCUUCGGCGUUUGCGGCGAUUCGGUAACAGGAAGCGGACAGUCGGACACGCGCUGGAAGGCGGGCGGGGGUUGGCACCGCCCUUUGCGUUUCGACAAUCGCAGAACUAGACGAAGGCGGGCGGGGGUUGGCGUAGUCUUUGCGUUUCGACUUUCGCAGAGUUACAAGCAUGAUGUUAAUGACGGGGUCUAUUGUCCCAGGACGGAGUGUUCGACUUUUAUGGUACAUGACCUAGGCCUGUCGUGGGGCAAGUCUUUGAGGGUAUAAAAAAUCGACCCUUCACCGAGCAAGCGUUUGAUUUCGACGAGAAUCAACGAACCAUGUUUGGAUCGACCGAAGCGCCCUUUGAAACGGGUGUGGCUCAUCAUUUUACUCAUCAUUGUUAUUUUUUGUUUGGUUUGUAGAUUUGUAUGCAUGCACUUUGACGGAUCUCUCGCCCACACCUUGGACGAUGCGUCCCAAGAAGGGUGGCAUCCCGGAAAGGGUGGUUCCAUGGCCGUUGGGAAUCUGGUUUUGGCGCCGUGGGAUGCAUGUUGGGCCCUGCUCUUUUUUCACUUUUUGAGAUUACGCAACAAAGUCUUCGGGGGAACGGCUGGUUGAUGGCCGAUAGUUUCUCCCUCCCUCGUAUUUGUAUUCAGCGUUCCAGUUGUAGGUUUGGAAGAUCGAGGCAAGAGCAGCAGGAGGGGGUGGUUUUACGGUAUGUUCCAUGGUAGGUGGUGCUUGCCGGGUCCUUCAUUUGUUGCGUCAUGUUGAGUUUCCUUAUCAUUAGUCCUGAGUUUCACCGAACAAAGUCGACGUCGGGGAACGGUUGUGCGACGGUUUCUCCUUCCAUAAAGAGAAACAAGCAGAGGCCAGCAGGAGAAACAGAACAAGGUAAAAUCCGGACAGACGAUCGAAACGACAACCGAGCAGAGGGGGAAGUAAGCGGGGAGAAACAUCGAAAGAGCCAGUCGAAGGAACGACUGAAAUUGAAGAGAGCAGGACGGGGAUGGCUGAACGCGUAGCGAGACAUGCUCCGGACGGAUGAUGCAGGAGGGGGCAGGAAUGCCAGGCGGGCGCAUGGCUCAACUUCAUCGUAUCGCUAAUAGACCCCAUCGCAGUGCCCCCGAUGUGAUGGUGCCGUCGUCUCAGUCUUUCGUUUGUAUUUGUCUGUUUUGGGUGGGGUGACUGUUGAAUUCACCCACACGAAGCGUUUUUUGGAUGGUCGUGUGAGGAUUGGCUCGGUCGGUGCAACCUCCCACGGCGGCGAAUACACUCCACCCCCAUCCAUCCCUAUCUCUCGUACAUUUGGUUUUUCGUUAGAUGGGGCCUUCCUGACUCCUGUGUUUAUGUUCCAUUUUUUGGCUUAGUUUUUCUGAUGCUAUUAUCGAGUGUGGAUGUUAGGUUUGGGGUCCAUUUUAUUUCGGCUCUGUGAUUUGAGGAACGGUGUACCCCUUUUCGGGUAGUUGGCCCGUGACCACGGAAGGCGUCCGAGUCAGUUGCCAGUGUACACAUGUUACAAGGUACUGAGUGGAAACCAGAACGGUUCUGAUGUGAAUACAACAACAACAACGGUGACAAUGUUCAGGUUCCGGUUUGUAGCUUUCGACAAAGAGCGCAGCUGACGCUGCUGCCUCUUUGACGUGUGGGUCAGCGACCCAUCUCACCCGCC